UAUGUUGCAUCCUGGGAAUUUUGUGACAGUGUCCGCCAUUUUGUCCCGGCAAAGCCAUGGCAUCCAGGUUGUUACGGCCACUUUCCCGACGACUGCAGUCGACCCAGGCUGCAGUUAAGGAGGCCGGGGCACCAGCCCCUCUGCCCAAGGAGGAUGUUAAGAUCAGUAAGCUGAGUAAUGGCAUGGUGGUGGCCUCCCUGGAGAACAACUCUCCUGUGUCCAGAGUGGCCCUGUACAUCAAGGCUGGCAGUCGCUAUGAGACCAUGCAGAACGUGGGAGUCACCCAUGCUCUCAGGCUGUCAGCAAACUUAAGCACAAAAGAAUUCUCCACCUUCCGUCUAACCCGAGGUGUGGAAGUGCUGGGUGGCAGCUUAGAGGCUACUGGAACAAGAGAACACAUGGUGUAUAAAGUAGACUGCCUCAGGGAUGAAAUGCAGUCGACCCUGGGCUACCUGGCCAGCAUUGUCUCCGCUCCAGUCUUCAAACCCUGGGAGGUGUCCUCUAUUGAGAACAGGAUGGCAGUGGAGCUGGCUUGUCUAGAAAAACAACCAGGGACCGUUGUGAGUGAAAUGGUCCAUGCAGCAGCCUACAGGGGCUCACUUGGAAACAGCCUGUAUGCACCACAAGUCAUGCUGGGCAAGCACACUCCUGGCAUGCUGACUGCCUUCAUGCAGCAGUGCUACAGCUCCCAAGGCAUGGCACUGGUGGGACUUGGUACGGACCACGACAGUCUGGUACAGCUUGGAGAGGACCUGUUCUCUGUCAACUCCAGUCAGCCUGCAGACAAAACACCUGCCAAGUAUGUGGGAGGAGUUGACUCCAGGAGACAUGUGCCAGGCCCCAUCAGCACAGCGGCCAUCGUGACAGAAGGGUCAUCGCUGAGCAGCACAGACCUGCUGUCCCUCGCCGUGCUGCAGAGACUGCUGGGAGCCGGGCCCUAUAUCAAGCGGGGCAGCGACACCGCGUCGUCUCGUCUGAACAGGGGAGUGGCUCAGGCCACACAGAUGCCGUUUGCAACUACGUGCUUCAAUGCCAACUACACAGACUCUGGGCUUUUUGGACUGUUGGCUGUGGCACCGGCUGAGCAGAUGGGAACAGUUCUGAAGGCAGCUGUGAGUCAGUAUGGAGCCAUCACUAAGGGUGAUGUUCAGGAAGCUGACGUACAGAGGGCCAAGAGCCAGCUGAAGGCUGCUGUUCUGAUGUCCAUGGAAGACUCGGCUAACGUUCUGGAAGACCUGGCGCUCCAGGCCGUAGAGACGGCAGCUUACGUCAGCCCUGACCAGGUGGCCGCACAGGUGGACUCCAUCACCACUGACCAAAUAGUCAAGGUUGCGAAGCGUGUGUUCAACGGCAAGCCGACCAUGGCCGCUCUGGGAGAUCUAUCCAACACCCCACACCUAGACCAACUAGUCUAACACAAAUACAUACAACUGAUGACCAUACUCUAGCAGAUUGUGUUAAAACUAAACGUGGUAUAUAGCCUUUUCAAAGGCUAUUUCUGUACAAUAAUAGUAGUCCAGACUCAACUGCCAUACAUGUACUUCUUGUUUACCUAUGAAAUGUACACUACAUUAUGAACUUUGGUUGCAAACUUGAAUCGUAAAGACAGAUCACCACGUAACUUCCUUAGAAAUACAUUUGGAUGGAAAACAGGUUGGAGCAAUGAUUUUCAGUAUUUGUCAACACCAGUAAAAUGAUUUCUACAGAAAGAUGCUUUGUCAUCAAAAGUGUGUGUUGUAUGGUGUAGAAUGUAGUUCUGAUGUCCAAAUUUUAAGUACAGAAUAUAAACCUGCGAUCAACCACAAAAGAAAAUACAGGUUGCAUUUGAAUUUCUCAUGUUCAGAAUGUUUCAAAUAAAGUAUUAUAUCUGAGUCUA